AUGACUUCUAAUUUUGUGAAGUUGGAGAAGUUCGAUGGAGGAAACUUUAUCCGUUGGCAGAAAAAGAUGAAAUUUCUUCUAACAACUUUGAAAGUGGUGUAUGUUCUGAACACCACAAGACCACUAGAGAAGGAAGUAAAAACAUUAGUAGAAACAAGAGAAAGGCAAAAGUGGGACAAUGAUGACUAUAUAUGCAUGGGUCAUAUUCUCAACGGAAUGUCUGACUCCUUGUUCGAUACAUAUCAAAGUAGUAUAUCUGCAAAGGAAUUAUGGGAGACAUUAGAGUCAAGAUACAUGCAAAAAGACGCUACAAGUAAGAAGUUUCUUGUUUCUCAAUUUAAUAAUUAUAAAAUGGUUGAUAAUAAAUUAGUAAUGGAACAAAUGCAUGAGAUUGAACGUAUUCUUAAUAACUACGAACAACAUCAGAUGCACAUGGAUGAAACCAUUAUUGUAUCCUCCAUAAUAGACAAACUUCCACCUUUGUGGAAAGAUUUCAAAAAAUCUAUGAAACAUAAGAAAGAAGACAUAUCUCUUGAGCAAUUUGAUAAUCACCUUCGUUUAGAAGAAGAGUACUGUAAACAAGAGGAUAUUAAAAACCAAUUUUCUCAUGAAAAUGUCCAUGUAAUGGAGGAAGGAAAUUCAAACAAAUCCUUUAAGAAAAGAAAUCGAGAUUUUGAUAAAUCUCAUGAAAAACACAAUGAUAAUGACUCUGGUGCUACCCGCCAUGUGUGCAAAAACAAAGAACUAUUUAAGACCGUUGAUGAAGAAGAUGGAAGUCUUUUGUACAUGGGAAAUGCUUCAACUGUCUAA